UUGGGGGGGUGGGGUGGGGGGGGGCGUCAUGUCGCUGCCGUUCACAGACGAGGAGUUUCAGAGUGCCUGGAGGGAGCUGGACGAGCCGCAGCUGGCGGGAGGAUGGGAGCCGUUCACCGAGACCAUGGGAGUCACGAUCCACCGCCUCCACGACAAGGAAACGGGACUUUAUGAGUACAAAGUCUUCGGUGUGCUCACCCCCUGCACUCCAGAGCUGUGCGCAAACGUCUACAUGGACCUGACCUAUCGGAAACAGUGGGAUGGAUAUGUGAAAGAGCUCUACGAGAAGGACUUCGAUGGCCAGUCAGCAAUCUACUGGGAAGUGAAGUACCCGUUUCCUCUGUCCAACAGAGAUUAUGUGUACGUUCGGGAGAGGAGAGACCUGGAUGUGGACGGCAGGAAGAUCUGGGUGAUCCUGGCCAGAAGCUCUCCGGAGACGCCGUUUGCAGAAAAGAGCGGCGUGCUGCGGGUCAAAGACUACAAGCAGAGCCUCGCCCUGGAGAGCGACGGAGCCUGUGGGACUAAAGUUUUCAUGAAUUACUUCGACAACCCCGGUGGUAUGAUUCCUACCUGGCUGGUGAACUGGGCAGCUAAGAGUGGGGUUCCAGGUUUCCUAACGGACAUGCAGAAGGCCUGCAGCAGUUACGAAACCUACUGCCAGAAGAAAUGAACCCGGCUGACGGGACGGGGGCUCCUGCACAAGGGCUUUGAUCCAUUUUUUUUAUUGUUUUCGUUUCGGGAGAUGAUUUGAUGUUGUGUGUUCAAAUUUGACUUUUCUGUGUGGGGUUGAAUGUGGCAUGGUGUGGGCUGCUACCUUGUCGCCGUAGCAUGCUGUUGACUCAGGCAUGAUCUGCAUGACCAGCCGCCCUCAGGCUGCUGUGAAUCACUUCUGUUCCAUUGUGCUGUAUUAACCACUACUAUGAUGUCUUUUCUGUGCACUCCUUGCAAGCUCCGGUCCCCACCGGGAUUUAGGAACUUUCACGAGGUAUUUAUUAAGCCAAUUUUAAUACGUUUUGAGUUUUUCUUUUUUAUAGAAAUACUUUUGGCCCCACACGGUGAAACAAUGAUGAGGAAAACUUGCAGCUUCCUGCAUAGGUCUUAGUCACUUUUCCUUCUUUUCAUUUUGUUUACUCCACACGUUAACUGUGACAGAAUCCCAGAUGCAAUAUAAUUUGAUUUAUCGUUUGUUUGGUCACACUGGAAUCUUCUUGUCCUUUUCAAUUCACUGGAACUCAAUCGUUUUAUUUUAUUUUUUUUUUUACAAUGAAGUGAAACUGAACAAUCUACACUUCUUGUGUCAUGUUAUGGAUGCAUAUGGUCAAAGAUGUGGUAUCUGAGUAUCUGUUACUUAGGCUGUUCCUCAGUACCUCAGCACUCCUGUUGAUACAGAUGAAUGUGGUUUAAUCUGGUCAUGAAAUGCCUAUUACUGUGUAAUAUUGCUGCGUUAUUGAAACUAAUAAACUCAAAUUUGACAUUUAGA